AUGACUGUGUCGAGUGACGCCGGCAGUAAGCUUGAGGGUGUCGCCGCCAUGUCCAAUUCCGCUGCCUCUGCGUCGACCACUGCCGCUGGCGGCACUGCGCCCGUCGGUGAUGAAGUUGCCUCAACAAUCACGGUCAACACCAAGGUUCCCGCAGCCAGUUUCCCGACGCCCAAGACCGACAAGCCGCGCCCUCAUGUUUGCGGCACCUGCCAGCGCUCGUUCGCUCGGCUGGAGCAUCUCAAGCGCCACGAGCGCUCGCAUACCAAAGAAAAGCCGUUUGAGUGUCCCGAGUGCACGCGUUGCUUUGCUCGCCGCGAUCUGCUGUUGCGACACCAGCAGAAGCUCCAUCAGACCACAACUCCUUCCUCCCGUCCACGUAAUCGUCGCGAGAGCGCCAGCGGGGCCGCCCCCGGUGCCAGCCGUGUCCGCAAAAACAGCAUCGCAGGUCCGAGUGCUGCUGCCGCUGCCGCUGCUGCCGCCGCCAACAGCAAUGCCGCCUCCAUGAGACCGCGCGCCAACACUAUCAGCCACAUCGACAAUGCUGCGAUGCAGAACAUGCUGGCAACGAACCUGCAGGUCCAAAGGGGAAUCCAGCCUACGCACAGCCGUCACGCUAGCCUCGUUGGUCUGCCCAUGAGCAACACCUUUGACACCUAUGGCAUGGCUGCCGCUCUGGCGCAGCGAGGGGCUCCUCAUGGGCUUCCCAAGCUGGAGACUCACGGCAUCAGCAUGGACUUCACCGGUGGCCUGCGGACAGCGCCUCCUCUCCCAUUCAAUCCCGAAUUCGAGUAUGACAACCUGUUCUUUGGCCCUGCCACAAGCUCGACCAUCAAUCCAAAUGCUCUGCACUACAGCGACUCGCCGCCGCCAAUGUCCAUGGACCCGUUAUCCCCCUUCGCACACGGGCUUCCCGACAUGACGGGUACCCAGCAGCUGGAUGAUGGGUUCGAGUGGUUGAACGGCUUUGAAAACCAAAUGUCAUUCAACAACGGCCCCAAUGAGAAUGCUGUGGACGGCUCAUCACCCUCAGCCAUUAGCACCACCAGCCAGAGCGGCAUUAGCGAUGUCAUGGUGGACGGUUCCAACCACCAGUCCGUCUCGACUGUGGUUUGGCAGCCCUCUAUCAUGGGCCCACCGCAGAUGGGCAACCCCUUCUCUCUCGACAUGGGCGGCUCGGUGUUCCCAGACCUUUUGAGUGGCGCGCCCCUCUCGCCGCAACCGCCACCAGCUGGUAAGGCCAUCGGCGAUGGCUACUUUUCGACACCUCCUCCCUCUCUCAGCUCGCUGAGUCCAUCGAUUCUCUCAGGCUUGAAUGGUCCAAACCUGAGUCAAACUCUUAAUAUGGGUGCCGGUCCGGAGACGCCGUCCUCGAUGAAUGGUAGUAAUCAUGGCACCUUACCCGUCUCGACAAUCACUGAUUCAACAAGAAAUGCCAUCCUAGGUGCCCUCUCGGCCUCCCAGGCGUCCGCCUUCGGCACGCGAAGAUACUCCUUUGCGACGUCGAACUCGCCAUUGACCGCGCAACCGCCGACGAACACCAGCAACUCCGAUCAGAACAGCAGCAGUAACCUCCCGAGCACGCGAGACCUUCAGCGAUAUGUCGGGGCCUAUUUGCGCUACUUUCACCCCCACCUGCCGUUUGUCCACGUUCCGACGCUUUCGUUCGAGACCUCGCCGCAAUCAGCUAACGGUCGAAACAGCGGCAUUGGCGGGAGUGGGUGCUUGCUUCUUUCCAUGGCGGCAAUUGGUGCCUUGUUUGAGUUGGAGCAUCAGGCGUCGAUGGAGUUGUUUGGGUUGGCCAAGAAAAUGAUCCAGUUGUACCUCGACGAGCGGAGGAAAGCGAACGUAAGAAAGGCAGAGUCUAUCCGACGAACUCCCCUGUCGGACCAGAAUUCACAUCAGCAGGACCCUUCCGUCGAGACUCCCGUGUGGUUGGUACAGGCAAUGCUUCUGAAUGUCGUGUAUGGUCAUAAUUGCGGAGACAAGCGGUCCGGAGAGAUAGCGACCACGCAUGCCGCUGCGUUAGUAAGUCUUGCGCAAGGAGCCGAGCUCUUGCGGGCACCGCGACCCGAGCCUGCCAAAGAUGUUGACAUGAUGGAUGUGGAUGCCGCUUGGAACGGAACCGCGAGGAAGGAAGCUGACGAACAGGUCGAGUGGCUGCGCUGGAAGGCGGCCGAGGAAAGAAAACGUACUCUCUAUGCUGUCUUUAUCCUUUCUAGUCUUCUGGUGUCGGCAUACAAUCACACUCCGGCUCUGACCAAUUCCGAGAUCUACCUCGACCUGCCCUGCGACGAGGAGUUCUUUGCUGCCGAGUCUGCCAGUGUCUUCCAGUCAAAAGGCGGCGCCCCCGCGGCAAACCGUAAUCGCAUGACGUUUCAUGAGGCACUGGGUGAGCUGCUCCGCACAAACGAGAAGGAGCAGAAGAAUCUGGCUCUCAAGAACGUUCACCAGCCGUUUGGCACAGCGGUUAAUAUCAACGACCUGCCCCAGAGCAACCUGAAACCUAGCAGCUUUGGCUGUCUGAUCCUGAUCAAUGCUUUGCACAAUUACAUUUGGGAGACGCGCCAGCGACACCACAACAAGGUGUGGACCAACGAGGAGACGGAAAAAAUGCAUCGGCACAUCGAGCCAGCCCUCCGGGCCUGGCACGCGGCCUGGGCAAGUAACCCUCACCACAGCCCAGAGCGUCCCAACCCUUUUGGCCUGGGCCCUCUCUCCGCCGACGCCAUCACCAUGCUUGAUCUAGCCUAUGUGCGCCUCUUUGUAAACCUGUCACGGUCCAAGGAGAAGUUCUGGCAGCGGGACUGGGACGGCAUGGCCGAGGAGCUGGCAAGAGGGUCGGAAAUCAUACAGCAUGCUGAGCAUUCUCCGGCGUCCAACACCGAUUCGGCCGCCACGGAGCAGUCAGAUGCAUCUGGAGUAAGCCCACACUUUGUCGACUCCCCACUAACGCAAACUUCAUCUCCUGACUUUGCCGCGUCCAAGUUCUCGCAGUCCGGGACGGUCAACCCAGCUGCCGUGACACAAUCCCAGCAGCAGCAGCAGCAGCCUUCGGGCACUCGAUCCACAACGCGCAGGGAAAAGCAUCUGCGGAAAGCAGCCUUCUUCGCCGCCGAGUCCCUCUCGGUUUCGGACAAGCUCGGCGUGACUUUUGCCAAUCUGACCAGUCGCGAAUUGCCGCUGCAAUCGACUCUCUGUGUGUUUGACUGCGCCCAGGUCUUAGCAGAAUGGGUGGCGACGUUGCAGGACCGGGUUGGGCGUUAUCUUGGGAUUCUGGGCCGAGACAGUGUUGAUCUCACACAGGUACCUGCCAUCAUGCUUCUUGAAGAGGAGGAUCUGAAACUGCUGGGCAAAAUCGACAGCAUCAUUCGUGGCGCCGAGACGAAGAUGAAUCAGGACAUGGCUGGUGGCGAUGCUGCGGUGACGGGCAUGGAUGGCAAGCCUCAUCUCGGCGACAGUCCCGGCUACGCCGCGAAUCUGCUCAGAGUCACUGCCUACAUGUUCGACAAAGCCGCUGUAUGGCCAGUGACUCGCCUGAUCACCGCCUGCCUGGAAACCCAUGCUGGUCAUAUGCGAGUGCGCGCAGAGAAAUCGGUCAUGGUCCACGAAUGA